CGCAGUCUUUACUUUUUCAUUCAAACCAAAAAGCUAGCAAACAACACUUACACAAAUGGGUCGCCUGCGAGCUGUCGCCACCAAGAUUGCGGACGCCGUGCCACUCCGCAACCGCACCAAGAUUGUGUCCCGACGCAUUUUGAAGGCCGCCAGCGAGGACAAUGCAUCGCGCCUGCAGGAGAUUCUCCUGCGUCAUCCGACGUCGAUUGAGAGCUGCGACAAGGAAGGCAACUCGGCGCUUCACAUCUGCGUCGAUUCAAGCGCACGUUAUGGCAACUCGGCAGACUACUACCGCUGCGCCCGCCUGCUCAUCCGAAACGGCGUCAACAUUCGUGCUCGCAAUGCAUCUGGCAAAACAGCGCUGGACCUUGCUCGAGACUUCAAGAUGAAGGAGUUUGUGGCGCUGCUGAGCGACCAAAAGCUCCAACAAGCCGAAAAAGAAAACGUCACCAAGCUUGAAAACCGCGUGUCUGACAACAUUGUCGACACCAAGACUGUCGUCAACCCCGAGCUGCGCGUGAAGGUCUUUGAGCUGAUCAGCUCAGAGUGGAAGGCAGUCGGCACUGGCAACAUUCGCCUGCAAAUGUCCAACCGCUCGUUCAUUUUCAUCGACGACUUUAACAAUGUGCUGCUGACGGAGCACUUGUACGACUUUGACUCGGACGCCACUUCCUGCGGCCUGUGCGAGAUGGUGCAGGACAAGAAUGUCAAGAUUGCCAUCAAAGACAGCCACUCUGGCGCCCUCAAGGUUCUCCUCGUCCGUCUGAAGGAUCACUACGACGCCUCUAUUUUGUUCAACAACUUGCAACAAUGCCGGCAGUCUCUUCGUGGUGGAGUUCGAAAGCAAUCCGCCAAAAAGUGAGGAUGGCCUUGAACUCGGUCUUCCCGCAAAAGUUGAUCAAUCGCGGAAGAACCACAAUUUGUAUUUAAAAACGCAUGUCACGCAAUGAAAGUGUUAACUCGUUGAAGUUCUGGAGGAAUGCUGCUAGAUUGUCGGCGGCAGAUCGUGGUGAUAUGGAGUGUUGUUGCUGUUGCUGAUGUUGUUGAUCUUGUUGCUUGCUGUUGUUGUUAAACGAAUGGACACUCGCAUCACCAUG